AUGUUGGUGCCCGUUGGCAGGAGGGAUGCUGCCUGGGAGAGGCGGCAGGAGAAGCACAAGAAGCUGACGGAUGAGAGGAUCAAGGAGGCGAAGGAGCGGGGGCGCUUGCAGGCGCUCCUGGAGGCCGAGGAGAAGAAGGGCCUGGAGCUGGAGGCGAAGGUGGAGUCCUUUCGCGCGGAGCUCCAGCGGGUGUCCGGCACCUGCGAUAACGGCGCAGUGCUGUACGCCCAGCUGGAGCUCCGCGUGGCCCAGAAGGACGCGGAUCAGGCCGUCAAAGGUCGGAAGAAGGCCAAGACGUAG